AUGUUCAGGGAAAUAUCAGUAGAUCUCUCAUCUGACUGUGACUGUCCUAACUGUUUGGAGGGUGUUAAGAGUGAAUCUGAUUCUAACUCUUGUUCCAAGAAGAGAGCUGAUGGCUCUAUAUAUUCAAGAUCAAGGAAGCAAUCCAUAUCUUCUUUCAACAAUGCUUCUUUCAAGCAAAGCUCUUCUACGCAGUGUAGUUCCUCUGGACUAGAGAGUGAUAACAAAGAAGACUCAAGGUUUCUUCCCCCAGAGAAGGAGAACGCUGUGGAGUUUUCUAAAAAAAAGUCUCUCAGUAUGAGUCCUGAGGAUAUCAGCACAAAGAUCAGACCACUGAAAGAACUGACUAUCCAAGAGUUACUAAGGGAGUUUGGGGAACCAAACUCCACAUCCCUGGGCCACUUUAGAGAUCAGGUGGUUAUGAAGUUCAGAAGAGCUCUGUAUUAUUCUGGAAUCUGGGUGACACAUGUCCGAGGUAACAAAUUUGAAAAGCACUUUUCAGCUAAUUAUUUCAAAAGAAAUCCUGGUAGUCUACAUCGGGUGAUUCCCUGGCUGAAACGGGAACUAACAGCUGUUUAUGGAGAUUAUGGCUACACGGUGAAGAACAUUCUAGUCUCCAUCCUCCAUCACAUGACAAAAUAUGAUUUGGACAGUGAGUCCUUCAUUCAUCUUUUGGAACCUUAUCUCCAUCAACAUACUCACCACUUCCUGCAUGAGUUUAUCAGUUUUGUUCAGUCACCUUACAACAUGGAGACCUACGACCAGCGAGCCAUCUAUCAUUGUCCUUCUAUAGCAACAGAGAAAUGGGUGAAAAAGAAGCCCUUUACUUCAGCUCCUAUUUUGCCCUUGCCUGAGGACUAUACUCUACCUAUGUCUCAGCAUGAUACAAAGCAACCUAAAAGCACCCAGAAUCAAUGGAAUGAGGAGAGGCCUCAGUCUGACUUGAAAUAUUUUCUCAAUGGUAACUAUUCCUUAAAACAUUCUAAAAUUCCACAAGUGUAUCAUGAAACAACAUGCAAAAUCCAUGUUGGAAACAAAGACAAAACAGAAUCAGGCAAUCACAAUCACAUAAUUUCUACUAAUAAUAUGCUCCUGGAUUGGGCUACUCCAAAAGAAAGAGAUCCAGGCAUGCUGAAUUGCAAAAAGCAGACUCAAGAGAAAAAGACAAUAGGGAUAAAAUUAUGUCCUAGUCAUGUCCAGGAUCAAAAAAGCGAUACAAAUGCACGUACCUUCAGUACUCCAGUCAUUUCUAAUCAGGUGCAACCAUGGAAAUACAACCUAAGAGAAGUAAGUGUUUUGAGCCUUGUCCAACAGGCAAAUUUUCAGAAAAAAGGAGAAAAAAAUAAAUACUCAGAUUCCUCACCAAAGAUCUUUCAGAGAUUGCCCAGAGAAAGAUCCUUGAUGAAUUGCAAACCCAGAAAGAGAGACCCCUCUUGGAGUGGAAUCUCAGAUAAUAUACUUUCUCCUAAGAGGGAUGGUAGCAAGCUGAGUUCAUUCAGAAAAAAGAAAGUAAGGUGCAAACAAUCCUCCUCAUCUGUAGAGGUUGGUUCCCACUCCAGUAGAAGACUCGAAAGACGAUCAAGGUCCAAUAAUAACAGAUCCAAAUCUUGGUGUGUUGGGCCUAGAAAUAGAUCUAUAAGCAGAGAAUCAAGUAAUCUCUCUCUGGGAAGAAAUCACAGAACUGAACCUGUCACCCAGAAUAUGUGCUGUGAACCCUCAAAAGAAAGAAAUACACCUAGCUACAAAUCAAGCUAUGAGAGAAUAUCUUUGACCCCAGUCCCAUAUGUGAAGCUUUCUUCAGCUGCUGGGAAAAGACCCAACUGUCCUUGUAAAGAUGAAGGUGUUUCCCCUUCUGUAAGUCACCAUAACAGUUCCACAUGCCUAGAGAUCGAGAAACAUAGAUCCCCAAGAAAACAGGAGAUGAAGCACAAAACAACUUCUCCUAGAGCUAGAAGAACCAGAGCAAUUCACAGAAAAAACAAACGCCAGCAUACAUAUAAACAGACCCCAGAGGAAGUCAGUGAUGCACUGGGGGAUCUGGAUGACAUAAAGCAAGUGAGCUGUCUCUCUGAAUGUGCACCUGCCUGCAGGAGGCAAAUCCAAAAAAACCAGAAGCCAAGCCUUCUGAAAGGUCAUGAGUCAUCAAGCCAAGAAUGA